UCUAAUGCACCUCCCCCCUCCGCUCCGUUGAGUCUCCCUCCCUUUCUCUCCGCCACCAACUCAACCCACUGCCUCUUCCCCCUCCGCUGCGGACCUAACGUUACCGAAGCCACUGCAGUGAAUCCGUCGACUGAAAGCCAGAGAAGAAGAAAAUCCCCGCGACUUCCUCGCGCAGAAAAAUAACCGUCAGCGACCGUUCAGUUCCACGAGACUCUGCACAAGGCGAAGACGAGCCCGGCGACAGAAUGGGAAAUGAGGCGAGUUAUCCCUUGGAGAUGUGCUCACACUGAUAAAGUCAUAUGGACAAGAAAUGGUGAAAUCAAUAAAGUUGACGCUGAUGAGAUUAAAAGACUAGGGAAGCGGUUUAAGAAACUCGACCUGGAUAACUCGGGUUCUCUCAGCGUGGAGGAGUUUAUGUCUCUACCCGAGUUGCAGCAGAAUCCGCUGGUGCAGCGAGUCAUCGAUAUAUUCGACACAGACGGAAAUGGAGAAGUGGACUUUAAAGAGUUCAUUGAAGGCGUCUCCCAGUUCAGUGUCAAGGGCGACAAGGAGCAGAAGCUCCGCUUUGCGUUCAGGAUUUAUGACAUGGAUAAGGAUGGCUACAUAUCCAACGGUGAGCUGUUCCAGGUGCUGAAGAUGAUGGUAGGGAAUAACCUGAAGGACACCCAGCUGCAGCAGAUCGUCGACAAAACCAUCAUCAACGCAGACAAGGAUGGGGACGGGAGGAUAUCUUUCGAGGAGUUCUGCGCUGUGGUUGGUGGCUUAGACAUUCACAAAAAGAUGGUGGUGGAUGUGUGAAAAGACGGAACAGGCCCUUCACUGAACACCCUCUUUUCACUUCUCCAUUUCUGAGAAUCAGCUCCAGAUGUUCCGCUAACACGCUCUCUCUUUCUCUCUCUCUGUCGCUCUCUUUCUCUCUUUCAAUGGAAGUAUUUCUCUAAAUGAUGCCUCUGUUCCCCGUCUGUACUCCCUGAGCCUUGUGAUCCUGCCAUCCUAAGUGUUAUAGAGCAUGAGAUUCUUCUGUCCACGUUCUCGGGUAUUUAAGGACAGUCAGAGAGAUGACUUCUCUGUCGAUUACCGAGUGAUUCAGUGUGGUGGAGAAGGAAGAGAGGUGUGUGUGUGUGUGUGUGUGUGUGUGUGUGUGUGUGUGUGUGUGUGUGUGUGUGUGUGUGUGUGUGUGUGUGUACGUUCUUUAUUUUUCUUUUUGAAGGGGGGAUUUUUUUUGUAUUUAUUUUGGUCCUGUCUUUUUUAAAGAUGAUCUAGGUCUACAGGGAAUAUGUGUAUGUGAGCGAUAUAUAUGACUUGACACUUGAUUUCAGUGCAACACGCUUCAAGCAUGAAGUGCCAAUUGAAACAUAUACAUGGGAUUUAAUAAUAGCUGAAUAUUGAAAUCGCUAUCUGAUGUUCUUCAUGUCAUGGGAAGAUUAAAAAAGUCAUCAAGUUUAUUACCAUCAAGCUUAUUGUUUUUUGUUUCCACCUCUUUCGAGCAAAUAUCUGCUUCAGAUCUUACACAAAAUGUAAAUCCGAUUUGAAUUUUCUACCGAGAAUGUGUGCGUGUAUGAAAAGUGUGCUGUGUUAAUAUUGUCAGGGAGUUCAUCUACCGUCUUGCUUUCUGAUAUACAGUAGACUAGGAUAAAAAGCAAAUAUAUUUGAAGUUGUGCACAUAUAUACGUAUGGUUUACUUUUAAGACCGGUGUUUUAUCGCAGGGGUCAGGUGGGGAGGGACGAUCAGAUCACACCACAUGUUACUGUAGGAUGGAACAGUGCCAUCAGUAAAAUUUCUGGACACUUUUUUUUUGUUUGUUUUGUUUUUUUGUGUGUGUAUUCUGGAUUUAUUACCAUUCUAACACAGCAAACGAGUAAUUUUGAUUUACCUCUUGACAUUGUAGGAUACAGUGCAUAUUGUGGCAAACUGAAUCCACAAUAACACCUGAUUUGAAUAUUUGUUUGUGGAAAUAUAAGGUUAAUUUUUUUCCAACUUGACUGCAGGCAGCAUUGUAAAGACCUUAGUAGCUCAUAUUUGUAUAUUAGGGACUGAAGGACAGAUUGUGUUUUGUGGGUUCGGGUUUUUUCUAAGCUUUAAUCGGGUUGGUUCGCAGCAUGUUACCUGAGAGGGAUCGUCGAAGUAGGCAAAACCAGAUCUGACUGACUGAUCAGUUUCUCUUUUCCUUCAUCAUUUCAAAGAUUGAUCCGUGGGAUUGGAUUGUUCAAAAAGGAGAGACCAAACCAGACGCUUUCAAUGCGGAUGAAUUAUCUCAACGCGCUAUUUUGCUUUAAAUGUGAUUCUCCCGCGCAAACCGGCGUUUUUCGCGCCAGCUGCUGCACGGUGAAGACGCUUAAAUAUGUCUUUCCCGAAGGCCGUUGAGGUCUUGUGAUAUGUGCUUGCAUGAUACGGGAGGGGUUCUCUCUCUUUUUUUUCUUUCUGUUGUGCAUGUAGAUCUGAUUUUUUUGGGGGGGGGGGGGGGAUUCUCUUGUUUACAUAUGAAUCAUACUAUUGAGAUAAUAUAAUCUGAAUGACAGUUACAUAUAAAUAUAUGGACGUUGCCAAACUUUUGGUAAAUGUUUAAAUAUGGAAAUGAUUUUAAAGCGAGUUUCUUCACUACAUUUAUCCAUAAAUAUUAUUGUUAUUCUGAAAAUUAAAAAAUAUAAAAAUGUGUGAGUUAUUCUGGAUUGGUGGCCGUCACUCCCAGCGAAUUUAUUUUCCCUCUCUUUAAAAAAAGAGGGAGUUAUAUUUUAUUUUUCUCCUUUUCCGUCCAUGGUUUGGUUGCAUUGUUUUGUACAGAAUGUGUGUUUGUUAAUGCUCCUUGCUUUCGGUUCUGUUUUGUAUUUCUUUAGCUGGGGGUCAGACAGCCAUCUGUAUAACUUUAGAUGGGACAGCCGUGGGGUUUUUGGACAAAGGAAACAUACAAGUGAAUGAAAACGUUUUGCUUUUAGGUUUAACGUUUUGUUUCUUUCUUCAUUUCUCUGCAUGCCGCGUCAUAUGCUGUGGGAACCAUUGAAAUGUCAUUCAUGAAAAUGAGAAAUAAAAUAUUUGAGACUUGUACAA